GACUACAACUGCUUGAUGAGGAGCAGAGGAGAAGGACUGCGAGGAGGGUCGCAGUUUUUCAGGCACUUUUCCUCCCACAAGACAAAGCAGGAGACGUGGGUCGUGCUGCUGCUCCUGUCUCGACUGACUUUAGUCAAACCGUUCUACGUGCCUGGUGUUGCCCCGAAGGAUUUCCAUCAGAACGACCCCGUGGAGAUCAAGGCAGUAAAGCUGACCAGUUCCAGGACUCAGCUACCCUAUGAGUACUACUCUCUUCCUUUUUGUCAACCCAUGAGCAUUGUGUACAAGGCAGAGAACCUGGGCGAGGUUCUGCGAGGUGAUCGUAUCGUGAACACGCCAUACCAGGUGCGCAUGAACCAGGGCAGGAAUUGUGAACUGGUGUGCGCAAAACCAUCAGAGCCCACUAAACUCAGCGUGGCCAACAGCAAGCUGAUCGCCGAGCGCAUCCAAGAGGAGUACUAUGUUCACCUUAUUGCAGAUAAUCUUCCAGUGGCCACCAGGUUGGAGUUUUACCCAAACAGAGAGGCAGGGACUGACGAGGAACAGAAGAAAGACGUUGUAAAAGAUGUCCAGUUUGAACAUGGCUACAGGUUGGGCUUCACUGACAAUAACAAGUUCUAUUUGCACAACCACCUGUCCUUCAUUCUGUACUACCACAAAGAGAAGGUGGAGGAGGAAGAGGAGCAUAAUUUCCGUGUUGUACGCUUCGAGGUGGUGCCACAGAGCGUCAAGCUAGAAGACCUGAAAGUUGACUCGAAUGGCGCGUGCACGUUACCGGAGGCGAGCAGUUCUGCUCCUCAGGAGAUCGAUCCAUCCAAAGAGAACAGUGUGCUCUUCACGUACUCUGUGCACUGGAAGGAGAGUCAGGUGAAGUGGGCGUCACGCUGGGACACGUACCUCACGAUGAGCGAUGUGCAGAUUCACUGGUUCUCCAUAGUCAACUCGGUGGUGGUCGUAUUCUUCUUGUCAGGCAUCCUGAGUAUGAUCAUCAUCAGGACCUUGAGGAAAGACAUCGCGAACUACAACAGAGAGGACGACAUUGAGGACACCAUGGAGGAAUCUGGCUGGAAGAACGUUCAUGGAGAUGUUUUCCGCCCACCUCAGUAUCCCAUGAUUCUCAGUUCUCUGCUCGGCUCUGGGAUUCAGCUCUUUUGUAUGAUCCUCAUUGUUAUCUUCGUGGCCAUGCUAGGCAUGUUGUCUCCAUCUAGUCGGGGGGCUCUGAUGACCACUGCCUGCUUCCUCUUUAUGUUUAUGGGUGUGUUUGGAGGCUACUUUGCUGGCCGACUGUAUCGCACGCUGAAAGGUCACAGAUGGAAGAAAGGAGCUUUCUGUACUGCAACCCUGUACCCUGCAGUUGUGUUUGGAAUCUGUUUCGUGCUGAACUGUUUUAUCUGGGGAGAGCACUCCUCAGGGGCUGUUCCAUUCACCACAAUGCUGGCUCUGUUGUGUAUGUGGUUUGGUAUCUCAAUGCCUCUGGUCUAUUUGGGCUACUACUUCGGCUUCCGCAAACAGCCCUACGACAACCCAGUGCGCACCAAUCAGAUCCCACGCCAGGUUCCAGAGCAGCGCUGGUAUAUGAACAAGUUUGUAGGGAUCCUGAUGGCUGGCAUUCUCCCAUUCGGUGCGAUGUUUAUUGAGCUCUUCUUCAUCUUCAGUGCUAUCUGGGAGAACCAAUUUUACUAUUUGUUUGGCUUCCUCUUCCUGGUCUUCAUCAUCUUGGUGGUGUCCUGUUCCCAGAUCAGUAUCGUCAUGGUCUACUUCCAGCUCUGUGCAGAGGAUUACCGGUGGUGGUGGAGGACUUUCAUAGUGUCUGGAGGUUCUGCCUUUUAUGUGCUCAUCUACGCCAUUUUCUACUUCGUUAAUAAGCUGGACAUUGUGGAGUUCAUUCCCUCCUUGCUGUAUUUUGGCUACACAACCUUGAUGGUUUUAUCCUUCUGGCUCCUGACGGGGACAAUCGGCUUCUACGCAGCCUACAUGUUCAUCCGCAAAAUAUACGCUGCUGUCAAAAUCGACUGAGCUGCAAUCCCACUUUAUUUUGUUACCUUUUUCUUUUAUUCGUUUCUUUUAUUUUACCUUCUGGUUUGGCGAGCAAGCACUGAAACUAGCGAGUGUAUGUAUGUGGCCGUAUCAUGGAGCGGGUUGUGUGCAGCUACGCCCCCUGUGGACUGGAGGAGAAACAUACAGGUGGUUUGUGCACAGAAAAUUCAGCCAGUCACCCAGUGGCUCCUCCACUGGAACACAGAUUUCAUUGUUUUGGCUUCUGGAAUAUUUUUUUUUUUAAUUAUUAUUAUUUAAUUCUGACUUUCUUGUUGCACACAUCAGAGGGCCAAAGUAUGUGAUAUUAACUUGUGGGGUUUUUUUGUUUGUUUGUUUGUUUGUUUUGUCAUUGAAAUGAGGAUGAGAGAGUAAAGAUGGUGAAUAUGAUUAAUAGUAUAUCCUUUUACAAACCAUGGUCAUUUUUAAAAUAUUCUUAAUAAUGUGUAAUUUGAACCUGUUCCUGAGUAUUCGGUUCAAACACUCAUUCGUUGUACAGACGUGUGUGUGUGUGUGUGUGUGUGUGCGUGCGUGUGCAGCAUGCUGGAGGCAAAAGUCUGUAGGCAGAAGGCGUGGGAGUUAAUGCUAAAAUCAUGUUGCACUGAGAAUAUGAGAUUAAAAAUAACAACUUUGUCAUACUGGUGUUUUCCCUGUACCAUUUAUGGGCAUAUUAACAAGCCCCAGUCAAUAUUUCUUUACUUUUAUAAAGAAUCUAAACUUUUCUCUUUUUCAAAGUUAUCUUAGGCAGCUCCAGAGAUAUUGGUGAACUUGGGCAAAUAGGUUGCAGAAAAAAAUAAUCUUGCACUAGAAAUGUAACUUUUACCAGAAGUAAAUUGAUCGAAUCGCAAACGUAAGCACCAGGAGGUCACUAGAUAUUACUAGAACUUCGACUGUAACCUGCUUCUGUGAUCCAGUGAAACAAAAAUGAGCUUUAAUUGCAACAGCAUGACGCAUUCUCCACCAUAAUUAAUAAUCGGGAUCAAAAAUCUGAAUUUUGUUUCAUCAAACUCCAGAACAGGAUUACAGUAAAUUUCCCAUUUAUGUUUGUUUGUGGAUAGAUGAAAGAAAAGAGAAGGCUUUCUUAUGGCACAUCUUCCAAACAGCUUGUUAGUAUGGCAGUGAAAUAAACUGAUCCUCGGAGAGGUUUUUUUUUUUUUCCUUUCUCUCCUUUUCUCUUUCAAAAUGUACAGGGGAAAAUACACUUGCAUCCUCUUGUCAGGCUAGACUUGUUUUAAAUUUCUGAAAUGUUGCCUUCAUUUAUAACAUGUGGCCGAUUGGAUGGAUGGACAUGGAGGGGUGUGUGCGUGAGACAGACAGACAGAACUACACACACAGAGUACCAGUCAAAAGUUUGGACACAGCUUCUAAUUCAGUGUUUUUUUUUCUUCAUUCUUUUGAAUUAAAAGUCACUUCAUGUCUUAAAGUAA